AUGUCCCAGCUGAGCUCACAGAAGGCCGGGGACCAACCCCCUGAUCAACCUGUUCUCAGGCUCGACUCCUUAGCCGCCACCCUGGACUUUGAAGCCCGCGUCCCCGUCCCCUUCAGCAUCUUCCCUUCCACCUACAAGGAAGGCGAGACCCAGACUACCACCACCACCGAGACUCACCAGGAGCUCGAGAUCCAGCUCCCCCCGACCCAGCAGCAGCCGCAAGCCCCCGGACGGGAGGAGGCUCAGCAAUACUCGUCCUUCACUGCGACCGCCCAGCUCCCGCCUCGUCGUGAGCAGCAGCAGCAACAGCAGCAGCAACAGCCUCAGCGCUACACCGAAGAGGUCCGCAUCGAGGAGCACUUCCACCGUCCGGGCGUUCAGCACCAGGAGACUCGCUACCACGAGGAGCACCGUCCUCAGCGCCACGACUUCUCUGAGAGCUACGUUGAGAUCGACCGUACGCACCAGCACUACGAUACCCCUCUCGACUGCAUCGAACGCGAGUACCGUGAACGUUGCCAGCCCCACAACACCCGUGAGGAAGUAAACAACUGCGACCGCCCCGGCCGCAUCAUCAACGCCGAGUACACGGUCGAACCCGCCCGUACUCACCGCCCCAGCUUCCGCGAGACCGCCCGCGAGAAGGUUAAGUACACCGUCGAAGGAGCUGCUCGCCGCAUCCGCGAAACCAAAGCCAAGAUGGGUUACUACGAUGACGAUGUCCCCCUCCCCUGCUUUCUUACCGUCCUGCCCUGGCCCGCAAGUCCCCUAUCCUUCCCCAUAAGCACUCCAGCUGAGUUGCGCCGUGAUGAGCACGUCCACGCCGACAACGAUGUCCGCCAGCCUUCCCGUCCCCGCCCCAGCGGCGGCAACCAGGGCCCCUGCCUGCCCAACACGGUGUCGAUUCCCUGCAACCACAUCCGCAUGGGCGACUUCCUGAUGCUUCAGGGCCGCCCCUGCCAGGUGAUCCGCAUCUCGACCUCGGCUGCCACCGGCCAGUACCGCUACCUCGGUGUCGACCUCUUCACCAAGCAGCUGCACGAGGAGUCGUCGUACAUCUCCAACCCUGAGCCCAGCGUCGUCGUCCAGACCAUGCUCGGCCCCGUCUUCAAGCAGUACCGUGUCCUUGACAUGCACGAUGGCCGCAUCGUCGCCAUGACCGAGACUGGUGACGUCAAGCCUGACCUCCCCGUCAUUGACCAGUCCAACCUCUGGUCCCGCCUCAACACUGCCUUCGAGUCCGGCCGUGGCUCCGUCCGCGUUCUCGUUCUCAACGACCGCGGCCGUGAGCUCGCCGUCGACAUGAAGACGAUUCACGGCUCUCGCCUGUAA